AUGGACGGGAACGCGCGACGGUUGGGCGAUAGAAAUGUCAAGCCGUCGGGUCCGGCUGGCGGCGGCAGUAACGGCGUGGGCCGGCCCGGCGCGGGCGGGGGCGGGGCCGCCCCGGUCGCCAAUGGCGGCCCGCCCGGCCUGGGCGGCCUGUUCGCUGGUGGGAUGCCCAAGCUGCGGCCGACCGGUCAGGGCCGGGGUCGGACGGAGAUCGGUGCUGGCGGACCGGCCAAGCUCCCUCCCAACCGGCGGCCGGGCGGAUCGGCGCCUCCCCCCGCUCCGGUGCCCGCCCAGUCGUCAUCGUCAGGGCCGUCGCCGGCUCCGGCGGGCAACAACUCGAGCCUGCACCGGUCGCUGGCGGCACCUCCGCCGCCUCCGGCCGGCCUCAAGCCGAGCGCGUCCACCGGACAGCUGCCGCCGAGUCGGAGCGUGCCCAGCAGUCCACAGACGGGAGAGAGACGCGCCAUGCGGCCCAGUAACUCAUCGUCAACGCUGCGCAGAGAGGCGCCGCUGGCACCGCCGGCCGGUGCCAAGCCGUUCAUGGUACACAACGGUUCGGCGACAGUGGGUCGGAAGACCACUGCUCCGCCCUCAGUCCGACCGAGUAUCACACAGAAACCCUCGACGGCACCGCCGCGGCCACCGAACGUGAAGCCCCCGCCGCCGCCCAAGUCGCCGACUGUCCAGGUGCUGGGGAACUUCGAGCGGCGGUUCGGAGAUCGGUUCCACAGUCUGUCCCAGCUGCCGCCGCCGGAGCCGCCUACCAACUGCGUCAAAAACUACCCCAGCAAAAAUCAGCGUCCCCGUGGAAAGCGGCCCCCCGCCCCGCCCCCUCCGCCGGCGCAAGUGCAGCUCGGUAAGAAAAUGUACGAGUCAAACACUUCAUACGCCUGA